UCAGACAGACCUUAGUGAAGAACCAGUGAUAGGUGGGCUUGUGAUUAAAGAUGGCGGCAGAUCAUAUACUGCAGGCUACGAAGGAAUAUGUAAUCAGAAUUCAUAGGCGCGCUGUCGGAACACUGUAUUUCACCACAACAAAGACAGCCAGGACAGAGCGACACACCAAGGAGCAAAUGGAUGAAAAAUAUAAGUUUCUUUCAGCAAUAUUUACCCUGGUCGCCUAACCACUGGAUGUGAGAGAGAAUGUCAACCUGUCGAGGUGCUCUAAAAGACCCACCAAUGGAACCACGUGGGGACGGAUGUCCUGGUGGAGGAGGCGCGUGCCCGGAGUCCAGUGGCCCUCUCAAGAUGCGCGUUACAGCGACACGAAGAUUUACACAGGAGAAUACAUACUGCGGAGGCAUAAGCCGAGCUCUGCAUCUGGUCGUCUGGUGGUGUGGUCGCCACGCAGACGUGGUGCAUGGACGCCGCGGUCGUCGCCAUGCGAGGCGUACGCGACAAGGGGGCCUACCUGGCCGUCCCGGGGGGCGGCUUCACCGAGGACGCCCCCCGACCCCCGGUCCCGGGAGAGGAAGGUGAGCUGGCGUUCGGCGAAGGAGGCCCGACGGCGGCGUCGCACGCCAACGCCAACCCCCUCCUCCUCCUCCCCUACGCCUCUAAGAGCGAGUCGUCCGUGGCCACGCCGCGGCGUCCCGACCUGGACCUGGGCUAUGAGCCGGAGGGCAGCGCCUCCCCGACGCCGCCCUACGUCAAGUGGGCCGAGUCCCUCCACUCCCUGCUGGACGACCAGGAGGGCAUCCACCUGUUCGCCCGCUUCCUCAAGCAGGAGGGCUGCGCCGACCUGCUGGACUUCUGGUUCGCGUGCAGCGGCUUCCGCAAGCUGGAGGCCAGCGGCGGCACCAACCAGGAGAAGAAGCUGAAGCUGGCCAAGGCCAUAUACAGGAAGUACGUGCUGGACGGCAGCGGCAUCGUGUCGCGGCGCAUCAAGCCGCCCACCAAGUGCUUCAUCCGGGACUGCGUGGCCAAGCUCCACGUGGACCCGGCCAUGUUCGAACAGGCCCAGACCGAGAUCCAGGCCACCAUGGAGGAGAACGCCUACCCGCUGUUCCUCAAGUCGGACCUUUAUCUGGAGUACGCGCGGACGACGGGCGAAGGCGGCGGCGGUGGCGGCGGCGGCGGAGGCGAGAGCCCGAGAACCGCCGGCGCUGACCUGAGCUCCAUCCCGGGGAACGCGGCGGCGGCGGCGGUGGCGGCGUCGGGGCACUACCUGCCGACGCUGGCUGAGGACGAGGAGUGGCGGUCCGAGCGGGAGUCGUCCAGGAGGGGUCGGGACGGCGGCGAGCCCGCGGCGGCGUGCAUCCAGGUCACCCAGAGGCUGCUGGCGGAGACGGCGUCGCAGCGCGUGGCCAACAGCUCGAGGUUCCAGGACAUUCGGGAGUACAGAUGCGCAGCAUGGCCAGAGCCCGCCUUGCCGUACUACGUCAACAGCGGCUACGCCAUGGCCCCCGCCGCCAGCGCCAACGACAGCGAGCAGCAGAGCAUGUCCAGCGACGCAGACACCAUUUCCCUCACCGAUAGCAGUCUAGACGGGGUUCCACCCUACCGAAACCGCAAGCAGCAUCGGCGCGAGAUGCACGAGAGCGCCAAAGCAAACGGGAGAGUGCCUUUACCUCAUAUUCCACGCACACAUCGGAUACCAAAGGACAUCCACGUGGAGCCGGGCCGGUUUGCGGCGGACCUCAUCAGCAGGCUGGAGGCGGUGCAGCGGGAGCGGGAGGCCCAGGAGCGCCUGGAGGAGCGGCUCAGGAGAGUACGGCUGGAGGACGACGACCUCGAAAGCCACGCCGCACCACCGGCCAAUCACAGGCCGGGGGCGGGAGCCCACUGCCAGCAGCCGCCACCGCACGGCCACGCCCACUAUGCCCUCCUGCUGGGCGACGCCCACGAGGAGAACCCCGAGAGCAUCCUGGACGACCACGUGCAGCGGGUCAUGCGGACCCCCGGGGGCCAGACCCCCGGCACGGGGCGGCACUCCCCCGUCCAGUCCCGCUCGCCGGACGGCCUCUCCUCCGCUGGGAGACACGCCCCCAAGGGGGACGGCGGCGUGGACCUCUACGCCUCCAAGAGCCGCAACUACGCCGACGGCAUGAGCACGGUCUCCUUGGACCCUGGGGGCCACAGCACGAAAGGCUCAGCGGCGUUGUGCAAGCGGGCGUUGAAGAAGGCAGAGGACGUCCCACUGGGACCCCCGGAGGAGCUGGAGCGGAACCACAAGAUCCUGCUGUGGAUGAUGGAGGGAGAGAAGGAGUCAGGCCGGCACAAGAGGAGCCCCUACGGAAGCGCCGCAGGGAACAACAACAGCAACGGCGACGGCGGCGGCACCGGCGCGGCCGUCGGCAGCGCGCGGCCGUCCCACCCCUUCAUCCAGGACCCCACCAUGCCCCCCAACCUGGCGCCCAACCCCCUGACCCAGCUGGAGGAGGUGCGCCGGCGGCUCGAGGAGGAGAGCGUCAGGGGCGGAGCCACGGCCGCCGCCCAGCCCAAGCAGAGGUAUGUGAUGGAGGUGAUCCAGAGGGGCCGAACGGCCAUCAGGCCGGCCCUGUUCCCGCCGCUGGACGAGGUGCCCGCCGUCUCUGACUGCAGUCUCUCCGAGCCUGAACACAAAGCGGCGAGGAGGCAGCCGAGCGAGAACACCACGGUGGCCUACUACUUCUGUGGAGAACCCAUCCCCUACCGGACGUCCGUGAAGGGCCGGGUGGUCACCCUGGGUCAGUUCAAGGAGCUGCUCACCAAGAGAGGCAGCUACAGGUUUUAUUUCAAGAAGUUAAGCGACGAGUUUGAUUGCGGGGUGGUUUUCGAGGAAGUGCGUGAAGAUCACGCCGUUUUGCCCAUCUUCGAAGAGAAGAUUAUCGGUAAAGUUGAAAAGAUCGACUGAGUCCGAAUCAAGACGUACAGUGUACGUUUCUGAUGGAACGAGCGAGAAGUUGGACGGGAGAGAGAAAGUGUUUUUUAGAGUGAGAGGUGCAGGAAAGUGGGAAUGGGACCGAUAAGAUAAUAACAAGCUGCUAGUGGUUCGUAGGGGCUACUAGUGGGAUUGAAUCAAGGGGUCCUUAAUGCGGAGUGCGGCAGCAAGUGGUACAAGAGGAAAGACUUUGGGCUGAAUUAAAAAAUCAAGGUAUUCUCGUUAUUGCAUAGAGAGAUGUAGCAUCAUAUUGAUAUGCUAGUGGAGCAGAGGACAAAAAACUGCUACUAAGGCUACAUAUUUUUAUAUGGUCAACUGGAAGGUAUCCUUUCUAAAGUAAACGCACUUGUAAUUUUUCUUUUUAUAUGUAUUGGUACCAGAUCUGUACAGUGUCUGUUUUAAAAAAGAAGGAAUGACAAAGUUUUAUAUAUUUAAGUAUUUAAGAAGAAAGCUGUAAUUUUCAGUGAUUUGGAAGCAUGGGGUACAGUGCCUGUAGAACAAAUACAGGGUCUCCAACAUUGAUGAUUGAACAUGCCUUGCAACAGCCAGCUCUUAUGGAUUUGCUCUUAAAAUGCAUUUAACAUUCAGAGCACCCACCGAGUGAUAUUUCAUUAGGCUGCACUUUCAGUGUUUGUUAACCUGACCCCCCGGGCCAAGUAAAAAUUUGCACUGUAUUUGCAAAAAUCAAUCUUCCGAAUGAACCGGGAACACCGUAUUCUCUAUCUUUCUCUAUUCAAGCCAUUUAAAGGCUUUUCCUUUUUCUGUCGGUGACAUGUAUAAGCACAUCCAUCAGAUCUAUUUUGGCAUGCACUUUGAUAGAUUUUUUACCUGCAACACCUACCGUAGAAUGUAAUCUAGCCGGAAAAAAGCUGUAGUUUCUAAAACUGUUGACGGAAAAUUACAAGCGAAUGUAUACAUUUGUAUAAAUGUCCUUUGUAUUUUGGCAGUAAAAAAAAAGCCUGAUUAGAAUUUGUUUUAUGUUUCAUCACCUACAUUAGUUCAACAUUGUAAGGGUUUAGCUCAUAAGAGCCCAUAAAGAAGUACCGUACAAUCAGACAUGAUAAGGCCUUUUCCCUGAAUUAAAAUAAAGGAUUUCUCAUUGCAAUAAAGUUAUACAUUUUGGUGGACAGGUCUAGAUUACUAAUGACUGAUGAGAGGUGGUGAGAGGAAAUGCGGGGGUUUGGUUAUUUUCAAUGUAGUAUUAUUUGGUUGCAUGCAAGAAAAGCCAGCCUUGAUUUGAAAAAGAAUGGGGGCACUUUGAUGCCCUGAAUAUGCCUGCGGUUUUUAGGUUUUUAGGGAGAUUCACGCGUGUUAUGCAUUAUCGUUGUCAAUAUCUUUAUCAUUGUUGCUCACUGGCAUGAACAUUCAAGGGAUUUCGAUGUAAUACAUGCAUUCUCAUCAUUUUUACCAUUGUGACGGCUGGUUUAUGAUGUCAUAGAGCCUAGGAGUCACUAUAGGAAGCGGUUAAAAAAUAUAUUUUAAAAAUAAUAUCACAUUUCAUAAAAGCAGAUAGUGCAGCAUUGAAAUACCAUUAAUGUACACAAUCCUUUUUUAUGGGGUUGCUCCAAAUAGACGUAGUAUUUGUUUGAAUCCAUAGUGAUCUAUGUAUUUUUUUUGUCAUACAGUAAAUAUUAUGUGUUGAAGAACCUAUGUACAUGUUGGUCAUCCUCUGGCAUUAUAAGCUUGGUUAUGUUGUUUGUUCAUACGUCUAGGGGAAAUCCUAGGUUAUUGCACACUAUGGCGGACAAAAACAGAAUCCCAAAGGGCCACAAUUUCAUUCAAGUAUUUUUCACAUCUGUUCUACAGAAACCUAGCCAGCGGUAACUUAAGGCAUCGUGUUUUCAUGCCAUGGCAUUUCAGAGCAGAGGACCUUAAAUCCAAGUGCUGUAUUGUUUCAUGUUUUUUCGCAAGAUGUCUAACGUAAGGGGUAUCUCCUUCCUUAGGGGAUUGUUUGUUUUGAAUAUUUAUUACACAUUUUUAACCGGAAUAUUUUUACACAUACGGUGUGUUAUGUCUCAUAAAGCGAUCAUGAUGAUCAUCCUCGGUGCACACAACUAAAUGUAUUGUUGAAUUAAUCUUCUUGUUUGUGUUCUUUGUGUUCCAGAGGGUUUGAGAAUUUAAUGAGCAACUGUGAAAGCUUCCCUCCAUUUUAAGCCCCCUCCUUUCUAAAAAAGCAAUGUUAUGUAUAUAAUUAACAUCAGUGCCUUCAUUUUGAUCUUUAUGGUGUCUAUGUGAUUUUUUCAACCAGGAAAUAGCUUUAUAUUUUUAUUUUGACAUUGGUCACACUGCAGUUUUCUAUGUAUAUAUGUAUCAUUUUCAAAUGUCAUAAGCCACCAGCCCAAUAAAACACAUUCACUACCCUG